ACACCAUCCACCGCUUUUUGCUCUUCUCCCACCAUCUGUCCUCUUCUCCCACCCCUACCCUUCUCUACUACCCCUAAUUGAAGCCGACAACCUUAUCCCUCGCUUUUAUUUACAUCCAACCCAGUUCUCUCGUUGCCUCGCCAUGUGCGGUAUCUUUGGCUACAUCAACUACCUGGUGGAGAAGGACAGGAAGUACAUUCUCAACACACUCAUCAAUGGCCUCCAACGCCUAGAGUACCGCGGCUACGACUCAGCCGGUCUUGCCAUCGACGGCGACAAGAAGAAUGAGGUCUACGCAGUCAAGGAGGUCGGCAAGGUCGCCUCGCUGAAGAAGCUCGUCGAUGAGCAAAACUUCGACUUGAACAAGGUCUUCGACUCGCAUGCCGGUAUUGCUCACACACGAUGGGCCACCCAUGGUCCUCCUUCGCGCGUCAACUGCCAUCCCCACAGGUCCGACCCCGACUGGGAAUUCGCUGUCGUCCACAAUGGCAUCAUCACAAACUACAAGGAGUUGAAGACGCUGCUCGAGAGCAAGGGCUUCAAGUUCGAGACUGAGACCGACACCGAGGCUAUCGCAAAGCUCACAAAGUACAUCUACUCUGAGCACCCUGACCUGAGCUUCCCCGCUCUCGUCAAGGCCGUAAUCAAGGAGCUUCAGGGAGCAUUCGGUCUUCUCCUAAAGUCUGUGCACUUCCCUCACGAGGUGGUCGCUGCCCGCAAGGGUUCUCCCCUUGUUAUCGGUGUGCGGACACAGAGGAAGAUGAAGGUCGACUUUGUCGAUGUUGAGUACAACGACGAGGGUGCUGCCCUCCCCGCCGAGAGCGCGUCCCACAACGCUGCGCUCAAGAAGACGAACAACUUGCUCGCACCGCCUGACAAGUCGCUCCUUCACCGAUCGCAAUCCCGCGCUUUCCUCUCUGACGACGGCGUCCCGAUGCCCACCGAGUUCUUCCUCUCCUCCGACCCAGCCUCCAUUGUCGAGCACACCAAAAAGGUUCUGUACCUUGAGGACGACGAUAUCGCACACAUUCACGAGGGUUCGCUGAACAUCCACCGCCUCCACAGGGACGAUGGUUCCUCCAACGUCCGUACCAUCCAGACUCUUGAGAUCCAGCUUCAGGAGAUCAUGAAGGGCCGCUUCGACCACUUCAUGCAGAAGGAGAUUUUCGAGCAGCCCGAGUCCGUCGUCAACGCUAUGCGUGGUCGUCUCGACGCUGUCAACAAGACCGUCACUCUUGGUGGCCUUCGCCAAUACCUCGCAACCAUCAGGCGAUGCCGAAGGAUUAUUUUCAUUGCUUGCGGUACCUCUUACCACUCUUGCAUGGCUGUCCGCGGUAUUUUCGAGGAGCUGACAGAGAUCCCCAUUGCCGUUGAGCUGGCCUCCGAUUUCUUGGAUCGUAAAGCACCAGUUUUCCGCGACGACACUUGUGUUUUCGUCUCACAGUCCGGUGAGACCGCAGAUUCGCUCAUGGCCCUCCGCUACUGCUUGGAGCGUGGUGCUCUUACUGUUGGUAUUGUCAACAAUGUCGGUUCCUCCAUCUCCCUCCUCACCCACUGCGGUGUCCACAUCAACGCUGGUCCCGAGAUCGGUGUUGCCUCCACCAAGGCGUACACAUCCCAGUUCGUCUGCAUGGUCAUGUUUGCGCUGUCUCUCAGUGAGGAUCGUGCGUCCAAGCAAAAGAGGCGCGGCGAGAUUAUGGAAGGUCUUACCAAGGUCUCAGAGCAGUUCAAGGAGGUGCUCAAGCUCGACCAGCCCAUCAAGAAGCUUUGCGAGAGGUUCAAGGACCAAAAGUCCUUGUUGCUCCUUGGUCGUGGCUCUCAGCAUGCCACUGCCCUCGAGGGUGCCCUCAAGAUCAAGGAAAUCUCCUACCUCCAUUGCGAGGCUGUCAUGUCUGGUGAGCUCAAGCACGGUGUGCUCGCCCUGGUUGACGAGAACCUCCCGAUUGUCAUGAUCCUUACCCGCGACGAAAUCUUCGCAAAGUCGCUCAACGCCUACCAACAGGUCAUUGCUCGUUCUGGACGGCCCAUCAUCAUCUGCAACGAGAACGACCCCGAGUUCCCCACGGACAAGACGGACAAGAUUGAGGUGCCUAGCAACGUUGACUGCUUGCAGGGCUUGAUCAACGUCAUUCCUCUGCAGCUUAUGGCUUACUGGAUGGCCGUUGCUGAGGGCCUCAAUGUCGAUAUGCCCCGCAACCUUGCUAAGUCGGUCACUGUCGAGUAGAAUGUAUGUAGGAUCUGGAAUUGGCGUCACAGGAGUGAACAUACUCUGGGUUUGAUUGUUAUUUUUGAAAGCUCCCGGAAGAAGCUCACGCGACAUGUAGAAGAUGAAACUAUGUACUGGCCUUGGAAGCAGGGUUGCUCGGGCUCCGAUAUCACGUUGGAAUGAAAAUCUCUGUUUUCUAAACGCUUGUACCUCGUAUGCUAAUACAACCAAAAUGGUGAUGGAACGUUAGUGUUUGUUUCAUGUGCCAGAGAUGACGCUAUGCGGGACCCCUGUCGUCUGUUGCGGGGCAGCUUACUGGAGCAUUGAGGAUACGGUUCCUGCAUUCUUCGGCCCACCCAAGCAAACCAUACCCCACGUCUGAGACACACUCACCACCUAUAUACGUACGUUUUGAUAUACCCA